AUGCUGGAAUCAGAAUCUCUAAGUGAUAAGGCUCGCAGGUUCUACAGAGAUGUAGUGGAACCCAACAUGGGUGUGAGUCUUUUACUCUUGUCACAGUUCCUCAACUCCAUCAUGAUCCUCACAUGUAAAUUGUUGGAAGGAGACAAGGACUUUGAAACUCCGCUCCAUCCGGUGCAGAUUUUGUUCGUCAGAAUGUUUGUUACAUAUGUACUCUGCGUUUUAUACAUGGUGAUCACUAGAAGUGUGGAGGAUGCUCCAUUCGGGCCCAAGAGCCAAAGACCAUUUUUAUUGUUGCGAGGAAUCAUUGGAUUCUUUGGUGUUUUCGGCUUAUACUACUCAUUGCAGUACUUGAGUCUCUCGGACGCUGUAUCCAUCACGUUUUUGAUUCCCAUGGUGACUGCGUUCUUUGCCUUCAUAAUGUUGGGCGAAAAGUAUUCGGUUCUAGAGGCCGUGUGUGCGGUUCUUUCGUUGGCUGGCGUCCUUCUUAUCGCUAAGCCGGACUUUCUUUUCGGGACAGACACUGAGGUUUCUCAUAAUGACUCAGCAGAAUCCUCCUCUAGCAAGUUGAGAUUAUUAGCAACUGGAGUAGGUCUUAUCGGCGUCUGUGGUGCUUCCGGUGUCUACGUUGUUCUUCGUAAAAUCGGCAAACUGGCACAUCCAUUAAUUAGUGUCAGCUACUUUGCGUUGCUGACAUGUGUAAUCACAUUUGUUGCCACUUUGGUGACGCCCUCGCUCUCGUUCCAGAUGCCUACAACACUUUAUCAGUGGUUUUUGUUUUUUUUGAUUGGUGUUUCAGGUUUCUUUAUGCAAUUCUGUUUGGCAGCGGGUCUCCAGAGAGAAAAGGCAGGUAAAUCGUCGCUAAUGAUCUAUUUCAACAUGGUGUUUGCCUUAUUUUGGGACUUUGCCAUAUGGGGCCAUUUGCCAGGUAUUUUGAGCAUCUUGGGAAUGGCUCUCAUCAUUGGAAAUGCAUAUAUUGUUAUCAAGUACAAGCCAACUGUCCCGGAGGAAGAGCGUCCUCGGGACUUGGAGCAUGAUGCUGUCAAGUAUCAUCGUGCGGAAGAUAUCGUUAUGGAAGAGUUCAAUAUUUCAGAUGAUGACUCGGCGUCUUCUUCUGCGUCCUCUGAUAGACAUUAG